AUGCUCACCCCCGCGCGAGCAAGGCUGGCGCUGGGGCUGCUGCUGCUCCCGGGGUCCGACGGCGGCAGACUCCUGCAGGCGGCCUCCUCCGGGGAGCUGCUGGAGAUCCCCUACGGGGCAACGGUGCGCCUCCGAGGCCUCCAGCGGCAGGUCGAGCUCAACGGCCAGACCGGGCACGUGAAGGCCUUUGACAAGAAGGCCGACAGGUACGAGGUGUGGCUCGAGGGCGCCAACAAGGGUGCCAGGAUACGCCCAGCCAACCUCGAGGUGCUCGAGGCCGCGCAUGUGGGCGUCAAGGGCCACCAGGGCUGGCUGAAGAUGCGCGACGGGCAGUACGGAGAGAAGGGCAUGAAGGUCAAGAUCAGCGGGCUCGCCAAAACAAGGGGGCUCAAUGGCCUCGUCGGCAUCGUGCAGGGCUUCGACACGAAGGGCGAGCGCUACCUUGUGAGGGUGAGCUGCUCGAGCCGUCGAGGCCUGGCAACCUGGAGCAACAGGCGACCACGGGCUUUCUGGAGCGAGGCGCCUCCGCGGCUGGCGCGGCCACAGGUCGUGCCUCCGGCGGCGCCGCCGACCGCCGCGAGGCGGCGGCGGGUGGCGGGCUUCAGGCCGCAGGCGCGAGCGGGCAGCUCGGGGUGGCCGCCGCCGCGGCGGGCCGCGGCGCCGAGUCGGAGGAGUCGCGCAGCCAGCUGGCCGACACGGAGGAGGCGGAGGCAGUGGUGCGCGAGGCCGAGCGCGAGGCCGAGAAGGCUGAGGUCCAGGACCCCCACGAAGGCCUAG